GCUGCAAUCUACAAAUGUUUGGCACACGAUUCGCUCCUAUCAAAUGUAAGAUGAUGCUACAGGACUGGACUACAUUGACUCCUAGCUUAAAUAUAGGGAGUGAAGUGGUUAGUGGAGCGUGUUGACCACUUCACUGGUUGGGGAAGUUGCAUCAGUCAGUGCGAGCGGGUUGAUCUCUGACGAAAUCCCAGCACGGAUACAGAAGACUCUUCCAUCAUACGCCAUUUCUGACUUCGUAGACGUGAUAUCCAGCUGGCUGUCGACCAAAGGGCUUGUGUACUGCUUAGUUGUUUGCUCUGUCCUACUUUAUGACUGUAAGAAAUGGCCAUUAAAAGUGGAAGGCAUCAAAAGCCUGGCUAGCUGUCUUUGAUUAUAGGUGUCUGCGUUCUCUCUCCUGUGUUAAGUGCUCUAAUAAAGUGAUCAAUAUUAAAAUUAGGCGUCAAGUGUUAGGUAAGGAGAGAAAACCAAUUGAAGAGGUUGUGAAGUUACACCGAUUCAGAUGAUCAGGACAUGUGUUUCACAUGCCUGUUUAGCCAUCACCUUCCUCAACGGGCGAUGUUAGCUGACAUAGGAUAGAUCAGGUUGGAAAGGAGCUGGUGGUGGCUAAACGAAAAUGUGGCUUCAUCAGUCAAUAAAAUCCACUACAGUCAGUUUAGGCCAGCCACGUAGGGAGGUGUAGAGAUCUGGGUUAGGGUCCUCAGGAUUCUCAGAGCAAAUGGCUGGAGACAAUUAGUGGCGUGGCUGAGAACUGUUCUGAAUGGCUGGCGCAUACGCAUUCACUCUUUCUGAUUUAUCACAUCCAACAGAAUUCUAUUGUUUUUCCAAAUUACUAUUCUUUUUGCCUCAUAUCUCUGUUUAUUAUCUCUCUCUUGAAUCUCUUCUUUUGUUUUGUGUGUUACAUGGAAGGAAAGUGGCAACUGGAACUGCUGCACAUCUGUGGGGAAAUUCUACGUUGAGACUAAUCAGUCGUAUCAUGCACUUGCUGGUCCUAAGUUAACUCCGUGGGUCUAUAAGUUACACCAUAGUUUUCGAAGCCUUUUCAUAAUAACUGUAGAAUGAUAUCUGUUUCUUUAGAAGGUUAUAGAUCUUAAUCCUACUUCACAUUUAAGUUUUAAAAGCUGAGGAGUUAAAUAAACCGUCAUGUAGUAUACAUCUUGUUGCACAAACCUAUUUGUAAGUAUUAAUUCACAUGCAGUGGAAUCCAACAUGCUUGUUAGGUUUACUUUGCCGUGUGUCAUAAACAUGUACUGCUGUACUGCUUACCCCUAUUUUUGCAUGAACCCCUGUUCAUUUAACCAAUCAUUUUCAUUCUUUUAAUUGAAAUGUUAUAUUAUGGAAAGGGUGACUGAUUUCAAGGGGUAAGAAUUAAGGCUGAAAUGUAUAGCAAACGCAGAGUGUGAUAACGAUUGCGUUAAGAAUAAAAUAUUGUAAAGGACUAGUGUUGAAACAUAUGUGUAAUCACGAGGAUUGUACCAUCCAUUUUAUAUUAGAUGUAUUGGUUUUACAAUACUUAUCCUUCUUUCUCAUACGUUUCAGUCAAUGAGUAUAGUUCAUAAUUGUUGGAAAUCAUCAGCAUUUCAUUUUAAUUGUUGUGGUUGUAAUUAAUUUUUUUUGUUUGUGGCCUUUCAGAAAUGGUAACAAUAAGUCAAGAACGAUACGACAGAUCUCCAUUUAUGGAAUCAAAAAAUUCAAGUCCCACUCGAAAUGAUUAUGACAACAUGUCGGUUAAUAAUUCUAUGCAUAAAAACGAUGAACGUAGUCGACAUUCUUAUAAAGACAAACGUCCUCGUAACGAACGGUAUUCUCGAUCGAAAUCUCCAACUUUAUCUGCAAGUCAUGGAAAUGAUGGUCGUCACCGUAAGAAUAAUGAUUUCAAUAAUCAAACACCAGAAUUUUGGGAAAAACGCCGUACAAUGCGUGAACGCGCUGGAGCAUCCAUGAAUUCACAGAUAUGGGAAUCGAAUCCACCUAAAGUGGAUUCUGACUACGAUUCAGAUAAUGAGUCUAUGCUUCGUAGGGAAGCAUUUGGACCGAGUCUUCCUACAGAUAUGCAGUCUUCUCGUUCACAUAAAAAGGAUGAACACAAAAGUCAUCGUCAUCAUCAUUCGCAUCAUAAACACUCGAAAAAGCAUAAAAAAUCCUCUAAAAAGAGUCACAAACUUAAAAAACAAAAACACAAAAAUAAACAUGUCAGUCGAAAAUCUUCCCCUUCUUCUCCAUCUUCUUCAUAUUCAUCGUCUUCAGAAUCUGAAUCUUCUGCUGUAGAUAGCGAAGAUGAAAAACAACAAUUUAUCAAACAAAUGAAAGCUAAAAAACGUGAGUUAGAACGUAAACGGGCACAAGAGGAGGAAGAAGAGGAAGCAGUUGGACCAGUCCUACCAGUUAAUGAACAUUCAAGUUUAAUCCCACUAGAUUAUGGUCGUGCAUUACUUCCAGGUGAAGGUGCAGCUAUGGCAGCCUACAUCGCUGAAGGCAAGCGUAUACCACGUCGUGGUGAAAUUGGCUUAACUUCGGAUGAAAUUGAAUCAUUUGAAAAACAGGGUUAUGUUAUGUCAGGUAGUCGUCAUCGACGAAUGGAAGCUGUACGUCUACGUAAAGAAAAUCAGAUAUAUUCAGCUGAUGAGAAACGUGCUCUGGAACACUUUAAUCAUGCUGAACGAGCUAAACGCGAAGCUAAAUUACAAGCUCAAUUCAAGGCUCUGAUUAAAAGAAAAUUGGAAGACAAACAGUCAGCUCCACCACCACCAAGUUGA